UCAUAAAGGUACUUUAAACAGUUAAAUAGAUACAACCUAGAAAUUGCUUGCAGCUCUCUCUCUGACAUUAAUAAAUACCCAAUAUUUCUUCUCUGUUCUGCUUCUGUUCAGCCCCAAGCUGAUAGAUAUGAUUUUUCUGUCUAAAUUAACUCACCAGAACCCCUUCAUCACCAUCAUCUCUCCUUUGCCAGCUUUUCUAGUUUGCACCCCAACUCUUCCAUCUCAGCCUCUCCAACACAGAAUUUUCUAAUGGCUUCCACAAUACAGAAGCCAGUAAAACAACUCGCAGAGCUCCUCCAGGAGCAACAAGAACCCUUUGUCCUAGAGGUUUACCUAUUUGAAAGAGGGUAUCUGAGAAAGAGCUUGAGUUCAAAUAGAGAGGGUGGCUCUAGUUUCUGCAAGACUUUUAACAGAUCAUGCAGUUGGGGCCUAAGCAAGAGCAAGGGUGCUCUCCGCUGUUCCAAAGUACUGAGAUCUGUGUAUAACAAGCUUUUUUCAAGAAACAGUGGGCCAAGCAAUAAGAGUUCUGAAAACAAAGAAGCAGAACUCAAUGCCGACACCGAAAUGCGCAGAAAGAACAAAGAAAUUGUGGAUUCAGGUAGAUUUUCCUCUGCUAGCAGUGGGACACAGUAUGAUUCAUGCUCGGAGGGUGAGAAGGAUGAAGCCUCAGUUUCUUUGCAAAAUGAUCAUAAGGCCUCCCUUGCAGCCGACACUUCUCAAGUUUCAAAACCCUGCAAUAUGAUCAAAGAGAGAAAGAUAGAACAGUUCAAUGGAGGUUCAUUGAAGAGUCACCGUAAGCAACAAAACCCCGUUUCAGCACUAAAAGAUACACCACCUUCCCAUGCAGAUGCAGUGCAAGAACUCCCGGCCAUGUCAAGAAAAAAGGAAAGUCCAUGUCCAUCUACUUGUAAUUUCAAGAUAGCCGACGACUCAAUAGUAUCAGCUUCUCUGUGGGAGCUGCUUUUCCAGCCAGCAUUAGAGAAGCCAAGAGGGUCUGGAGUUUCAGAAAAGCUAGAGCCAGUCAGGUCUAAUAUUAAUCCUUCGCCUCACUUCGCGAAAUCCAAGAGGGUGUUGCAGCAAACAAGGCAGCUUCUGUUUGAUUGCGUGAGAGAGAUGACAGAAACUCAUGCAAAGAAAGAGAGAGAAAAGCAGCGAAACUGCAAAGGGUUCCUGGGAGCCGAAGAGAUUGGAAACCUGCUUUAUGAGAAAUUAGGGACAUGGGGCAAUCAGGCUGGACAUGAAGCCAACAUAAAUUUUGUUUUGGAGUUGGACUUGUUGGGUUCAGCUGAAGAAUGGAGUAACAAUUACCAAGAAAGAAGGGAAAUCGGGAACGAAAUCGGCGACACCAUUUUAGAAGAGAUCAUCGAAGAAAUUGUUGCUGAAAAGUGAUAAAAUAAUUGUCUGAUACCAAAGUUAGUUGAGCUAAUUGAAUUCUAAUGAUAGCAAACUCAUGUCAA